AUGGGCACUAACAAGUUUGAGGUUCCACCUGUCACCGAAAUGCAGGCCCCACAGUUCAAAGAGUUUACCAAGGAAAUUGUGGACUACAUCGCCGACUACCUGGAGAAUAUCCGAGAUCGGCGCGUCCUUCCGGAAGUUCAACCGGGUUACCUGCGGCCAUUGAUUCCAUCCGAGGCUCCCGAAAAGCCAGAAAGCUGGCAAGAAGUGAUGGCUGACAUCGAGCGGGUCAUCAUGCCCGGUGUCACCCACUGGCACAGUCCUAAAUUCCACGCGUACUUCCCGACGGCCAUCGUAGCCGAUAUGCUCAGCGGUGCGAUCGCUUGCAUUGGAUUCACAUGGAUUGCCAGCCCGGCGUGUACUGAAUUGGAGGUCGAAAUGCUCAACUGGUUAGGUAAAAUGUUGGGAAUUUCAGAAGAGUUCCUAGCUAGCUCUGGAGCUCAAGCAGGUGGCGUCAUUCAGGGAACUGCCAGUGAGGCUACCCUUGUCGCUUUGCUCGGUGCCAAGGCUAAAGCGAUUAAGCGAGCUCAGGAGGAACUUCCUGAGUGGGAUGAGACAUACAUCGUUUCCCGACUGGUGAGAUACACCUCAAUCCAAUCGCACUCGUCGGUGGAACGAGCAGGUCUCCUAGGAGGUGUGAAACUGCGCUCGCUGAAGGCGGACAGCAACUUGCAACUCCGCGGUGAAACUCUUGAGGAAGCCAUCAAGCAGGGUUUGGCCGAAGGAUUGAUUCCUUUCUAUGCCGUUUGCACCCUCGGUACGACAAACACCUGUGCUUUCGAUCGCUUGGAUGAACUUGGCCCGGUUGGCAACAACUACGUGGAUGCUGCCUAUGCUGGAUUAACCUUUGUAUGCCCGGAGUAUCGUUCUCUGAUGAAGGGAAUUGAAACGGCCGAUUCCUUCAACUUCAACCCACAUAAGUGGAUGCUGGUGAACUUUGACUGCAGUGCCCUGUGGCUGAAGAAACCGUACUGGAUUGUAAAUGCCUUCAACGUAGAUCCACUUUAUCUGAAACACGAUGUGCAAGGAUCGGCUCCGGAUUACCGUCACUGGCAAAUCCCGUUGGGCAGACGUUUCCGUGCUCUGAAGCUGUGGUUUGUUCUCCGACUGUAUGGCGUUGAGAACAUCCAGGCUCACAUUCGUCGCCAUUGUGCAUUCGCUAAGCAAUUUGAAGCUCUCUGUGUCGCUGAUAGCCGUUUCGAAAUCUUCUCCACCGUUCAGAUGGGUUUGGUUUGCUUCAAACUAAAGGGAACCAACGAACUAAACGAGGCCCUGCUCAAGAAUCAACGGUCGAGGCAAAAUUCACGGUUUACCGAAAUCUCGGAUAUCGACUACUCGUGGAAAGAAGUUUCGGCUGCCGCCGAUGAGCUGUUGGCUGAGAAGAAGUAAACCGGUGCUUCAAAAUGUUCCUGAUGCCGCACAGUGUGCAAAUGUAUUACUCACUCACUCAAUCUUUCUAAACUGCUCAAAUGUAUAACGA